AUGCGAAGAAAGGAGUUGCAUGAGGAGCUUACUGAAGUUCUGGAUAGUCAAGAAAGGCUUCUUAGUUUCAUUGAAGAGAAAAGACUAAAAGUUAAUGAAGUUGGUCUAAUGAACUUGACAGAAAGACGAGAUGAGGAGGAGGAUAAGGAGGAUGGGGAGGAUGGGGAGGGGCACAAGGAAGAUGAUGACAUUGAGGAGGAUGAGGAGGAGGAAGAGGAGGAUGACAAGGUUGAGGAGGAGCACAAGGAAGAUGAUGAUGAUGGCGAUGACAAUGACAAGGAGGAGCACAAUGAAGAUGGUGAUGUGCAUGAUCAUAAUUAUGAUGAUGAUGGUGAUGACAAUGACAAGGAGGGUAGCAAGGGUGGUGAUACGCAUGAUCAUGACAAUGACAAAGAGGGUAGCAAAGGUGGUGAUGACGAGCAUGGAACUGAAUCUGAAAGGAAUGAAGUUCCGUCUGAAACUCCUGAAAAGCAAAGCACUCCUUCACCAAAGACCAAUGAGGCAAAUGAAGAAGAGGAUGGAAAGGAUGGAACAAGCCGAGGAGUUGAGUCUGAAACUGAUAACAAGCCGAGCACUCUUCUGCCAAAGGAAGUUGAAAUCGCUAAAGGUCAAACUGAUGAAAUUGACAAAGUAGCUGGGUUUGAAGCUGCUAACAAGCAAAGUACUUCAAUGCCAAAGAAAAGUGUAAUCAAUAAAGAUAAACAAGACCAAGUGAACCUUGAUGACCAGAAUGUGAUGGAUGGAACUCGAACAGCUGAAAUUGAUGAAGCUACUAUAAUUGUAGCUGAAGCCAUAUGUCAGUUGGAUCCUAAAGAAGUCCUUUUACUCACACAAGGAGAAGAAUCACAUAAUGAGACUUAUACAUCAAUUGAUGACCUUUUAGAUAACUUGUCUGAAACUGUGUUCGUAAAGCUUGAAAAAGGUUGUUACAGAACGGCACCAUCUGAAGUGAAGGAAAAGAUGGCAACCCUGAUUCGCCACGAUUGUCCAAGCUUUGCAUUAUUGAGCCAAGAAGAUCCAAAAGAAGAGUCGUCGCAAAAAUCAUUAUCCAAUAAAGAUGUACGAGAAAGGAUCAUUGAAGAAGCAGUGCAGUUCAUUCAACAAAACCAUAAUGAAUUUUUUAGCAGCCAAGAGGUAGAAGAAGAGAAGACGACUCCAGUGAGGACAAGAGCAGAGGGUAAAACCAAACGAGUUAUGAUAAAAGCUGAUACAAAAGGCAAGGGGAUCAAAGAGGGACAAGAACCAGGCUAUCCUGCGCCAAUAAAGAGAAAGGGAGAUGUAUAUUGUCCUCACAAUCCAUUGCCAGAUGUUCGUCUAUCACCACUAUGCCAAGCUAUGCAAGCAGGACAGGACAAAAAAAGGGUAAUUCUUUGA